CAGGUUCAAUAGAGAACGCGAUCCAAGAUGGUGGCCUUCAGUAAGAUCCUCUCGACUAACCCUUCUUCCUUCAUCACUCCUAAAGUAUCUGGCGCUCUUGUUACUGCUGCUGCUGCUACAAUCUUUCUACUAUGGAAGAAACAACUCAGGGACCACGAGAAAAGAAAGAAAAAGAUGGAUGCUCUGGAUUUACACAUAUCAUUAGAGCAGGACAAGGCUGCUAAAAAGGAGAGAGCUGCAGUUGAUGGAGUAUUCUUUAGGAGGUUGAUGAGAAUACUGAAGAUCCUUAUUCCUGGACUACUCUCACCAGAGACAGGAUAUCUGUUGCUGGUAGCAUGUUCUCUGAUUGUAAGAACAUACUGCGAUGUAUGGAUGAUCCAUAAUGGAACAGUUAUUGAAAGAUCAAUUAUUAGUGGGAAUUUUAAAGGAUUCAAGGAUAAUCUUUUGGAAUUUACCUAUGCCAUGCCUUUAAUAUCAAUAGUCAAUAAUUUGUUAAAGUAUGGCCUUAACAUGUUAAAAUUGAGAUUCAGGACACAGCUCACUUUACAUCUUACUGGCAAGUACUUAAGUGGAUUCACAUAUUACAAGAUGAGUAACCUUGACAACAGAAUAGCCAAUGCUGAUCAGCUUCUUACUCAGGAUGUGGACAAGUUUUGUAAUUGUCUUGCAGAGCUUUAUUCUAAUCUCAGCAAGCCGUUGCUUGAUAUCAUAAUAUAUGUCCACAAGUUGAGUGGAGCCAUUGGAAUGCAGGGUCCAGCAAUGAUGUUGGGAUAUCUUGCUUUAUCUGGUAUAAUUCUGACAAGACUUCGUCGUCCUGUUGGUAAAAUGACGGUAGAGGAGCAACAUCUGGAAGGAGAGUUCAGAUAUGUCAACUCCAGACUCAUAACAAAUAGUGAGGAGGUAGCAUUCUAUCAAGGCAACCAGAGAGAGAAAGUCACCAUUGAAUCUACCUUUGGAAGGCUGGUUGAACAUCUCAAAGAUUUUGUCAAGUUUCGGUUUAGCAUGGGAAUUAUUGAUAACAUCAUUGCCAAAUAUGUUGCUACUAUCUGUGGUUUUUAUGUGGUCAGUAGACCAUUCCUUUCAAAUUCAAACCCUAAAUUAAGAAACAGUGCUCAUGAUGUCAGGAUGGAGGAUUACUACAGAAGUGGUCGUAUGUUGGUCAAAAUGGCUGAAGCUAUUGGUCGGUUAGUUUUAGCAGGCAGAGAGAUGACAAGACUUGCAGGGUUCACUGCCAGAGUGUCAGAGCUGAUGGAUGUGUUGAAGGACCUUAAUCGUGGGGUAUAUCAAAGGACAUUGAUUGAAAGUAAAAGAACAGAUGACGAUGAGAAGAUGGGAGUGGGCAAGAAAAUAUCUGCAUCUGAGUUGACACGAAAACGAGGCGAGAUCAUAGAAAAAGACUACCUUAUAAGGUUUGAGAAAGUCCCUCUUGUAACUCCUAAUGGUGAUGUACUGGUAGAUGAUAUGACGUUUGAGGUCGGGUCUGGUAUGAACGUGUUAGUGUGUGGUCCAAACGGCUGUGGUAAAAGUUCUCUCUUUAGGAUACUAGGAGAGCUUUGGCCCUUAUUUGGAGGCAAAGUCACCAAGCCUAAUCCAAGUAAACUGUUUUAUAUCCCCCAGCGACCCUACAUGACGUUAGGUACACUACGUGACCAGGUCAUAUACCCUGAUACCAAGGCAGACCAGGAUAGAAAAGGAAUAUCUGAUAAAGAGUUAGAAGAAUUCCUUACUCAGGUUCAACUGAGUUACAUACUGGAGAGAGAAGGAGGAUGGAACAGUAUACAGGACUGGAUGGAUGUGCUCAGUGGAGGAGAAAAACAAAGAAUAGCUAUGGCGCGGUUAUUCUACCAUAAGCCACAGUUCGCCAUCUUAGAUGAAUGUACCAGUGCUGUUAGUGUAGAUGUGGAAGGGUUCAUGUAUACUCACUGUAGGGAGGUUGGUAUUUCAUUGUUCACGGUCUCUCACAGGAAGUCCUUAUGGAAAUAUCACGAGUACGUGUUGUACAUGGAUGGUCGUGGUAGUUAUCAGUUCAACCCGAUGGACAAGACAUCCAUUGACUUUGGAUCCUGAAGUCACGUGUCUGCAUGCAAUCGAGUCUGAGAGGGCAACAUGUAAAUAUCUGUGUGUUACGUCCUCGUGUGGAUCAAUCAUUAUUGCACUGUAAAAAUGUGUACUAUUUCAUGUGCAUUGGUUUAUAGUUUCACCUGUUUUAUUUAUCAAUUAAUAAUUUAAUGAUCUACACAAUCAAUGAACAACAACUUCCAUUCAAUCACGACAAAAUAUUCCAACACUUUAGGCAAAAAUCGCUAAAAUAUCCGCUAAAUUUUGACCAGACGUGUAAAAAGUUCGGGUCUAGUUUCGACUUUCCCUUCUGAAAAGUUGAACAUCCGAUUUUUUUUGGUUUUUCUCAAUGGCCGAGACUUGCAGUCGUUACCUUUUGGUUCAUACGUCUUGUACUAGUCGUCGUGGGUGUUUUUAUGGUGAUCAUAUAAAUACGCUCCUCUCCUUAACCUUGGCUUCUGCCAGGUCCAAACACCUGACCCAUCCCUCCCACCUUCUUGUGAUGGUAUCUACAGUUUUGUACACAAUGGUUUCCAUGGUAACAGGACUUUGGUUCCUUGGUUCAGCUCAACGCAUGAAGCAAGUGCUGCCGGAAGAAAGUCAACGAUUUCGUUCGUAGUUUUUAGAAAUAGAAUAUGAUAGAAAUUCAACCCAAUUUGUAAUGUUGAUGCUUUUAUUAAAUAUGUUGUACUACUA